CCUGCCUUUUGUCACCAGCUCUUCACCAGUUUGUGUGCCUACUCUCCUGCUUUCCUGUGCUUUGAAGUGGGCGGGGCUCAGCUGGAAAAAGAGGUGAUGUCACACGGUUCCAAGCACCAAUCAGGAUUCAGCAACACUUGAAUCGGAUUCAGAACAAGCCUUUAUUUUGAAGCCUGCGUACUGUUUCCGGUGUGCGGUGUUGAAACCUGUUGCGCCGCCGCUGCCACCGUGUACCGAGCUGACAACAACCGGGAUGACACCAUGGAUAACACACACUUCACACACACUGUCUAUGCCAUUGCUGCUGCCCUAUAAAAACCGCACACACUCGCACAAAUCGACACACACUUACCACGAGUCGUUUAGUGCGGAGCAGGAGCUUUCUACCUGAACCAUCAUGGGCGUCAUCAUCUCGCAGAUCUUCUCCAGGUUCACCUCCAAGACCCCUGUCAGGAUUUUAAUGGUGGGUCUGGAUGCAGCAGGUAAAACCACUCUGCUGUACAGACUGAAGUUGGCCGAGGUUGUCACCACCAUCCCAACUAUUGGGUUUAAUGUGGAGACAGUUGAUUAUAAGAACAUCAGUUUCACAGUCUGGGAUGUCGGCGGUCAGACCAUCAUCAGACCUCUGUGGAGACACUACUACACCAACACACAGGGUUUGAUAUUUGUGGUCGACAGCAACGACCCCGAGAGGAUUAAAGAAGCUGCUGACGAGCUGCACACGAUGUUGGAGGAGAAUGAGCUGAGAGGCGUGGCCGUGCUGGUUUUCGCCAACAAACAGGAUUUGCCCAGAGCCAUGUCCGUCAGUGACAUCACCACAGCCCUGGGCCUAUCAGGGAUCCCACAGCCGUGGUUCGUCCAGGCGUCCUGUGCCGUCAGUGGUACAGGUCUGGCCGAGGGCCUAGACUGGCUCUCCAGCAAAAUCCUGAAACAUUAGAGGCUGAUGUUACUGAUGCUGUGAAGGAUGUAAAAAGAGGAAAAUAUCUGUGCCUAUAAGACAUACCUACAUGUCCUGCUUAGUUUAUAAUUAGCUCUACAAGGCAGGACUGUAGAGCAGAUGAGCGACCGGUCAAAGAUGACAGAAGUUUAUGUUGUAAAAUGGCUUCCAAUGUUUCCAUGAUGCUGCUAAAAACCAUUGUUUGCACUUCCAAUAAUCCCUACAAGACACCAGCCAUCAGAGAUCUUGGAUUGUGGGAGAUGUAAUGUUUUACACAGAUGCUUUUCAGCCAUUUUGGCUCGUUAUCCCUUAAAAUGAAGUAACAUCUACUUAUGUUGCCUCAUCACAGGUUAUUGCCUUGAUGCAUGUGGACAUGAGUUCAACCUAAGAGUGAUUCUCCAUCUCAAACUGUUUUAAAAAUAAAAUCUAUACACAUCAGUUUGUGUAACAGGA